UGGUCAUUAAAGUCGAAAUCGAUCCCCUCUAAGGAUAGUUUUAACAAGAAAAAAGAUGUUACAUAACAAAUUCUAGAGAAGUUGUAAAUGUAAAUAGUCCAACAUGUAGUUAAACUUGCAACAUUAUUGCAAGUGUACAUUUGUUCUUAAUUAAGAAGAAUAUUAUGAGAUCAAGAUUUGUCAUGUGGUCAUUAAUGCUAAUCCUUUCUAACAAAGCAAUUAACUAGACCAAUUAACAAGAAUAGCACUACAUAUACUCCACUGUUCUAAGUGUACAUCAUUAGUUCAAAUUUUCCUUUCUCUCAACACAUUUGCAACAAUGAAAAUAUCUUUUGUUGUUUUUUGUAUACUUGCUUGUUUUUCAUGGCCUAGUAUGCAGAGCGAUUUGGAGACGUACAUAGUUCAAGUCGAAUCACCAGAAAGCCAUAUUUCCACUCAAUCGUCAAGAAUGGAUUUGGAGAACUGGUACAAGUCUUUCUUGCCAAAUACCAUAGCAACCGCUGGCUUAGAUGAAAAGCCGCAGUUGAUAUAUUCAUAUCACAAUGUGAUCAUAGGCUUUGCUGCAAGAUUGUCAGCAAAGCAAGUGAAGGAAAUGGAGAAGAAACCGGGCUUUAUAUCUGCGUGGCCUCAGAGGAUAUUGUCUUUGCAUACUACACAUACUCCGAGUUUUCUUGGUUUGCAACAGAACGUUGGCUUGUGGAGGGAUGCUAACUAUGGAAAAGGUGUGAUCGUUGGAGUCUUGGACACCGGGAUUUCCCCUGACCAUCCUUCAUUUAGCGACAAAGGAAUGCCUCCUCCGCCUGCUAAAUGGAAGGGAAAGUGUGAAUCGAACUUCACUACAAAGUGUAACAACAAGCUCAUUGGCGCGAGGACUUUCGUAAACAGUGAUUCACCGAUAGAUGGUAAUGGACAUGGAACACACACAGCUAGUACAGCUGCUGGGGGGUUUGUGAAAGGUGCUAAUGUGUAUGGGAAUGCUAAGGGUACCGCGGUUGGGAUUGCCCCUCUUGCUCAUUUGGCCAUGUAUAAGGUCUGUGAUUCGUUUGGUUGCUCCGAUAGUGAUGUUCUAGCUGCUAUGGAUGCAGCUAUUGAUGAUGGAGUAGAUAUCAUGUCCCUUUCCCUUGGUGGAAAUAGAAAGUUGUUCUAUGAAGACCCCAUUGCACUCGGGGCGUACAGUGCAACAAAAAGAGGUAUUCUUGUAAGUUGCUCUUCUGGUAACGAAGGUCCAUACGAAAGCACCUUAUCAAAUGAAGCUCCGUGGAUUCUGACUGUAGGUGCAAGCUCUACUGACAGGAAACUCAAGGCCACUGUCAAGCUCGGAAACAAAAAAAUACUCGAGGGGGAAUCAGCAUUUCAUCCAAAGGGUCACAAUUCGACAUUUUUUCCAUUGUAUGAUCCUUCACGAAAUGAAACCGACUUUGACAGCCUUUAUUGUGGACCAGGUACACUUAGUGAAACUGAAAUUAAAGGCAAAAUUGUUGUGUGUUCAGCAGGUGGUGGUUAUUCCAGGAUUGAUAAAGGACAAGCUGUAAAGGAUGCCGGAGGCGUUGGUAUGAUCAUCUUUAAUACCGCUGAUGAUGGUUUCACUAAGUUUUCUGAUCCUCAUGUCCUUCCGGCUUUGCAUAUUACCUACAAAGACGGAAUGGAAAUUCUUGACUACAUGAACACAACGUCGGAACCAAAUGCAAGAAUUGCAUUUCAAGGGACAAUAAUCGGAGAUAAAGAUGUUCCAGUGGUUGCUUCAUUUUCUUCUCGCGGACCAAGUAUAGCUAGUCCUGGAAUCUUGAAGCCUGAUAUUAUUGGUCCCGGUCUUAACAUUCUUGCUGCUUGGCCUUCCUCCGUUGACAACAAAAAGAACACGAAAUCUACCUUCAACAUUAUAUCGGGCACCUCGAUGUCCUGUCCUCACCUCAGCGGAGUAGCUGCAUUGCUGAAAAGCACACACCCGACUUGGUCCCCUGCAGCUAUCAAAUCAGCAAUCAUGACAACUGCUAACACAGUGAACUUCGCCAACGAUCCCAUAUUAGAUGAAAGGCUCCUUCCGGCUAACAUCUUCGCCAUUGGUGCAGGACAUGUCAAUCCAUCAAGAGCUAAUGAUCCAGGACUGAUCUACGACACUCGUUUUAAGGACUACUUGCCUUACCUAUGCGGUUUGAAUUACACAAAUCGUCAGGUGGGGAACCUCAUGCAACGCAAAGUGGAUUGUAGGUCAGUGAAACACAUUCGUGAAGCACAACUAAAUUAUCCUUCAUUCUCCAUCACACUCGGAGACAUUUCUCAGACGUAUGCUAGAACAGUGACUAAUGUCGGGGAAGCUAAAUCAUCUUACAGCGUGGAAAUAGCUUUACCACCUAGAGUUUCCGUGAGUGUUAAGCCCUCUAUACUGAAAUUCUCCAAGUUGAACCAGAAGUUGAAAUACCAUGUGACGUUUACGAGAAGAGAUAAUAGCCCAAAUAGUGGUAUUGUUCAAGGAUUCUUGAAAUGGAAUAGUAAAAAGUACUCUGUAAGAAGCCCAAUUGCAGUUGUGCUAGAGCCUAAAAUUGGUUUCUAGUUUUAGUAUGUAUAACAAGAAUAUAUUUGAAUAAUUUGUAUUGUUACAUUUUCAACACAUCAAAAAUGUUACCACAUGUUACAUUAUUACAUAGUAACAUUGAUCACUAACAAUAAAAAAACAAGAACAACAUAAUCCCAUAAGUGGUGUCUGAGGAGGCUGGUGUGUACGCAGCCUUACCUUGUGGAGGUAGAGAGGAAGAAUACGAUAGACCCUUAGCUCAAGUGACCUUUUUGAGAACUUGAAUGCAGCAACCUAUAUGAGAAUUCAUUGACAACUUGUAUGAUUAAGUACUUUGUUGUUGUAAAACUGCAAGUUUAACAUAUUGUAUUGACAUUUUGAUGAAUGGUGACUGUUUCCUUUGACAACUUAAAAAGAUUCUUAGUUAGCUUUGGCAAACUUGCUUAUCUAUAUAUAUCAACAUUUUAUUGCUAAAACUAUUACAACAACAUAUCCAGUGUAAUCCCACGAAUGGAAUACAGAGUGGGUACCUUGCUAAUACCAGUGGCGUAGCCACCCUUAUGUCAUUGGACACCCUUCGUCGGAAAAUUAUACUAUAUAUACAAGUAAAAUGACAAACAAUGUGGCUAAAUAACAUAUUUUGAACACCUUGACGUAACAAUAUGAUGUAGCCUAGUGAUU